AUGGAUAGCGGCGGCCUUAUGGCGGCGAACGGAAACGAGCUCCUCGCAGAUGUUAACCCAUCGCUUGUUCCAGUGUCGCAAUCCGUAAACGGUUACGAGGCCCAUCCGGUCGACGUCCGACUUGAAGGUGGUGAACCAUGUCUUCAGUUGACCGCCAUGUCGGUAUCUCCAAUUUGCAUUACGGCAGGGGUUCACGACCAAUCUGCGGAUAUCCGUCGAUGGCUUGCGCAGGACAUGGCCAAACCAUUGCAAUCGGCGACACUGGAUGUAUGA